AUAUAUAUAUAUAUAUAUAUAUAUAUGUAAUAUAUACAUAUACAGAGUAAAUCCAAAGUUCCUGUGAUUUAAAAAAUUAUUUUUUCUCCAGACUUGUUAGGUACAUUUUUCUUUUUUUUAUCAAAUUGUAAUACUACAAGGCCGAGAAUUUUUUCACGACUUGAAAAAAUAAAGAAAAAUAAUUAAGCUAAAAAAGUCUCUUGAAAAAGAGUAAUUGAUUUUUUAAAAGCAUCUAAAAACUUUUGGUCCUCUCUGUAUAAGUAUUUAUAUAUGUAUGGAUGUAUGCACGUACUUACUCAUAAAAUGAGAAAUUAGAAAUAGAAAUGCAUAUAUCAUUGUUAUCUAUGAUUCUACGACAUAUGAAAAAAUGCCAAUCGCAUGCCUUUUGCUUUCAUUCGAUUAAUCAUAAUUCAUAAUGAUGGAAUAUAAGAAAAUUAUAAGAUCAACACACACAAAUGUAUUUAAAAACAUAAAUAGUAUAAGUGCAAAAUUAAUGUAACAGAUAUUACAAUAUAAAUUUUAAACAAAUGUCGAGAAUUAAAUUUACGUAAUAAAAAAAAAUAAUAAAAUGUUGUCAACGUUACUACGAAAAUAUAACUAUCUAUGUAACCUCAAAAUUAAAAUAUAUCAAAUUAAAAAUGACAAAUUAUCUUCCAAGUAAGUUUUUAAAUAAAUAAAAAAGAAGAAAAAGAUAUUGUCCUUUUUAUAAUAAUAAAUCGAUUUUUAGCAACUUUCUCAAUACUAAUAUUAAACGAAAUUUCAUUGCAACGUGCAUGAAAGAAAAUUCAAAAAAAGUAUUACCCGACGACAGUACCAUCUGUAUCGACAAACCACUUGAAUGGCCGACCGGGAAAAGAGCUCAUUUUAAAUUUCACGAAGAAACCGAAGCUGCUAUGAAUAAACAAAUAAAUGCUGAAUUUAAAGCUUUUUAUUAUUAUUUAUCUAUGGCGGCAUAUUUUGGGCGCGUAGAUGUUGCAUUGCCAGGUUGCGAGUCAUAUUUCAUGCAAAUGCAUCAAGAAGAACAUGAGCAUGCUUUAAGAUUUGUCGAUUAUGUUAAAAUGCGAGGUGGUCAAGUAAUAUUAUGUCCGAUUUUACCACCAGUUGAUCCAAAUUGGAAAUGCCCUCUUCAUGCCUUUAAAACUGCAUUGGACCUUGAGAUAGAAGUCAGCGAAAAAUUGGUUGAUGUUAAUACGGUAGCUGAAAAACAUGGUGACUUGAACGCAAGUGAUUUCAUUAUCACAGGUUUUAUGGAAAAUCAAAUGAAAAGUGUCAAUGAGAUGGCGAAAUUCGUAACGGUUUUAUCAGGCAUAGGCGAUCAAGCAUUGGCACGUUUUGUUUUCGAUAAGGAUUUACUUGAUAAUCAUGUAUCAUCGGAAUUUAAUGUAAUU